ACUAUAUGAAUAAAUCCAAAUCUACCAUUUCUCACCUCUACCAAAACCUAUUCUACAUCACUACUCUACAAUACAAACAAAAUGCACACCCUCCCUCUAUUCACCCUGCUGGCAACAGCAGCAGCAUCUACAAAAACCCUCUACGCAACGCACUACAACGGCACUGUUUACACCCUCUCGCUUGAUCUUGAGGACAAGAACCCCGAUAAUGCGCUCAGCAUAGCCUCUGAAAAAGAUACCUGCGGUGAAAUGCCUAGCUGGCUUACCCUAGAGCGGUCAUCUGGUGUUCUCUACUGCUCUGACGAGGGCGGGAACGCGACGGUUCCAGGCUCACUCACCGCGCUAUCCACCGCAUCGGAAGGAACAGUGGAAGAGAUUGCGAAAGUGGAGGACAUCGGCGCAGGCGUUCACAGUGCUUUUUACGGUGGUGAGAGCGGCGUUGAGUAUCUCGCCGUUGCGCAUUACGGUGCCUCUGCCCUAACAACCUUCCCCCUUCCGUUAUCCCCCAACACAGCUCCCCUCCAAACCCUCACCUACAACCUAACCGACCGCCCUGCGCCCAAGCCCGAACAAGACGCCUCGCACCCGCACCAAAUCCUCCCCGACCCGAGCGGAAAGUUCCUAAUCUCCCCGGACCUCGGCAUGGAUCUUAUCCAUGUGUACACUGUGAAUGCGUCGACGGGAUGGUUGGCUGAGGGUGAGGCUGUGGACUUCCCGGCGGGAAGUGGACCAAGACAUGGCUUUUUUACCUCUGACGGAGAAGGGGGAGAGACGAGGUUGUAUACGGUUAGCGAGUUGAGCGGUGAACUUACUAUUUUCAACGUGAGCUAUUCGGCAGACCGGCAUCCGACUUUCCAUAAGAUUCAAUCGAUCAUUCCGUAUCCGAAUGGGGCUCUGCCGUCUGGCGCGACGCCGGCUGGGAUCCAGAUUAGGGAGGGUGAUAUCUACAUCUCGCUCCGCAGCGACCAGUCGUACCCGGACAUUGAAUCUGAUGCUAUCGCGACGUUGUUCAUCAACGACGAUGGCACGGCGGCAUUCCACAGUCUCACCCCAUCGUAUGGUAAGGUGCCGCGGACGCUGAUUGUUAAUGACGCCGGAGAUCUGGUAGCGAUUGGGAACCAGGCGAGUGCGAGCGUGGUUGUUGUGCGGAGACUGGAAACUGGAGAGUUGGGUGAGGUUGUUGGACGGGUUCUUGUUGGGGAGACCGGGGAAGUUGGAGAGGCGGAGGGGUUGAGUAGUGUUGUUUGGGGAUGAUCGUUUUCAAUUAGGAUGGGAUGGAUGGUGAAAUUUUAAAUUGAAGUUGUUUAAAUAUUGACAUUGACAGAACCGGCCGGAAUGCAAACAUGCGGUAUCAACAACAGGAAUAAGAAUGUGAAUGAACAUGAAUAUAAACAGAACAUGCAAGCCCAUGACAAACGUGUAUCAGUCUUUUUUUGUGUUUUCUCUGGUAUAAAUGAACAACCCAAGACAAAAAUCAAACAACCAAGCACACUGACGCCCUAACCUUGACCCUUUCCUGGACGUCCAGUCGUACAUUCGUAAGCGUAUCCCUAGAAAUAACAGUAAACAACGUAAACCAGUAUAAGCAUGAAACAAGCGUGAAUCGUAAAGCGUAAUAUCAACAAACAGGUAUCGUAACAUAUGUGCAAAAAAAAAAAAAAAAAAAAGAUAUCAAAGUGUAAAGUG